AUGCUACCUUCUAUUCUUGGGCUUUGCGCCUGGCUAUCAUUUUUCACCACGAGCGUCCUAGCUUCCCCCAUCCAGCUCUCGCGCCGAGAGAUCUCAUCGGAGCUUCUCGAUGAUUUCAGAUUCUUUGCGCAAGUCGCCGCCGUAGCCAUGUGCGACGUGAAUCUCAACACUACUGGACGCCAACUCAGCUGCGACAAAGGACCAUGUGAGCUGGUCCAGGCGGAUGAUACCGAGAUCACUAGCAUAUACCACGGCACAGCAAUUGCGACAGGGUAUAUUGCACUAGAUUACACCCGAAAGUUGAUCCUCGUUACCUUCCGUGGAACAGUCACAACCGCCGACUUAUAUCAGGACUUGCGCAUUCCUGUUUUCACCGAUGUGUCCGAGAUCUGCGAGGGCUGCAAAGCUCACACUGGAUUUUGGAACUAUUGGUUGAGCGCGAAGGACCAGGUUACUGCUGAGCUCCGACGUCUCAUCAAGGAGAACCCGAGCUACAGCGUGGUCGUGACGGGCUAUAGUCUUGGUGCGGCUGUUGCGACGCUGGCCGGAACCGCGCUUCGCGUUGAUGGAUUUACUUUGGAUGUGUGGACAUUCGGAGCUCCCAAAACCGGAAACUUGAAAAUGGCCGAGUUCAUUACCCAGCAACACGAGCCGGUCAGCGUUUAUCGUGCUACACAUCAUAAAGAUAUUAUACCGGCAAUCCCGUUCAUUUCGCCUGGUUUUGAUUACACUCAUCCUUCUCCGGAGUAUUGGAUUGAUCAACCAAGUUUUGAGACGGUCACACCUGACGUUGUGAAAGUGAUUGAGGGGAUCAACAAUCAGACAGGCAACGCAGGCCAGCGUGGUAGGCGAAUUUUGGAAGAGCACGAAUGGUAUUUCGGGGAAAUGUUUAUUUAUAAUACCCCUGCUGACUUCGGGGCCAUAUUUUGA